AUGAAUCCGGGCAGGAGCAUGGGUGCAAGGCAGGGCGAUAGAUUUGGUUCAUCAGUCAAGCACUUUAUCUCACAGUGGGAAAAAACGCAGAGCGAUCCUCUCCGUAUCGCAGGACACUCCUUAGUGGAAAUCAGAGUUCGGGCUCUUAAAAAUAUCAUAAGCAAACUGGAUCAUGGUCUCAUCACCAUUCCUGAUCUGGUCCAAGAAAGGAUGCUGUGUGUCUUCCUUCUGGAAUGGUUUAAUUUUCCGGAGGUUCCAGUGCAGGAGGAAGUUCUGGAGUUGAUCAGCAUGCUGUCCAAGCACACAACCGGAGCCCAAAUGCUACGGGAGGUAGGGGCUGUCGAAUUCCUAACACAGCUCUCACCUAAUGUGGUUCCUCGCCUCCGAACUAUCAUAGACGGCAUCUUCGAUCAGCUCUUCCACCUCCCAGAGGCCCUGCCUAGUUGUCCACCCACCAACUCCUACGAGCCACACUGUGUUCCCUCGCUGCAGACAGAAGACGACUCGUCGGCUAGGGGAUAUUUCCAGUGCAGUAAACCCAAGCAGACAGAUGCUCCCACCCCCAGAGUAUCAUUCAGUACUUCUUUAAGAUGCUUGAAGUUCUCUGUUUUUCCAUGGCUGUCCUUGAACACAACAGAUCGUCAUAUAUUGUCAUCAAAUGAAAGUUCCCUUAGAAGCGAGAACAACCCUGUUUCUCAGAACUCGUCUAUCUCCUACCCUCAGGAGGUGAGGGCUACCCAACGGUCUGGGGUCUCUUCCCCAGACGAAAGCUCCCCCAGACCCUCUGUGGUGGGCAGAACUGGUCAGCGGGUACGUGGGGAUGGCCAGGAUGGAGAUGCUGCCUCUUCUAGCGGUAGCAGCAGUCAGAGAGGGGCUCCCCCCAGGCCAGCCCAACAGUCUCCCCUCCCGCAGCCCCACCCGGAGCUCCCCCCGGAAAUGGAAGCGGAGGACUCACUGGAGCUUCAGCUGCAGCAGUGGAGCCUGGCUAGAUUUGCCGUGGCGGCCGUGGAGCAUGCGCUCCCUCUCAUCAGGACAGAGAGCCUGAAGUUUUUCCAACGGGUGCUAGAGCUGCUGGCAGAGGUACAGGGGCUGCUGGGAGACAGCAUAGCCCCCGAGGUGUGGGAUGAGCACAGCCUGACUGCGACAGAGCUGAGGGAGAAAUUACAGGCAUGUAUAGAGACAUUGGGAGAUGUUAUAUGCUACCACCAUGGCAUGACGUCCUCUGAACAGCUAGAAUUGUCUCUGAUCCACCACCGAAUGGUCUUCAUGGGCACUGCCAUUUUCAAAAUACGUCUCCUGCAAACCUUGUUACCUGUGGAGAAGGCUGGAGAUAACCUUUCGGAAAGUACAGUGGCUGCCAUUUUCCUCGUGUGUCUUGAUUCAUCCUUCAGUGUGGUGUACCCCCUCAUCCACGAGUCAGCCGUGGCGCACCUAGAGCAGGCUUGCUUUGAAAGAUACAGCCUGUAUCGUAGAGUAUCCAGCGUUUCUCACUGCAUGGAGGCUACAUGCACUUUUUUAAACGAUGCACAGGCUGAGGGCGAUAAGAAUUGGCAUGAGCUUUUGGAACUCGCUGACCAAGGAAUAGAUGCUUUUCUGUACCAUCAGCACUUACCGGUGGUGAAGGAGUGCGUCCAGAUUUGCUCCUACCUGUGGAAAUUUGCACAAGCAAGCCCGCUCCUGCAGUCGGAGAGUCAGAAGAUAUUUCUGAAACUUUUGUCUCAUCCUGUGUCCCCAGUGAAGGCAGAAACCUACUCCUGCUCUCUGAGCAUUUUGAAGGAGUGUUUGGGAGUUCAGAAUGUGGCCAAACCUGCCUCAUCCAUCUGCAGCAGAGUGCAUUUCUUGCUUCAUUCCCAUGUCCUGUAUGAGAUCAGUAUGUUUGGCCUUCAAGACCAAGCAAGAGAGGUGAGCGCUGCUGCCAAGGAUAUUCUACUCUAUCUGCUGAAGGGACGAUUGAUGAUGACAGCUGCAAGUUGGAGCAGAUUUAAUGAGGCACUUUACCCGGUCAUUCCCAUAUUACAGAGUUAUGCAGGCACUGAGGAUGCCCUGGGAAACUGUAUCCUGCUGAUAAGUGAAGCAUCUGCUGAAAAGGGAGAUGAGGUGUGCUCACUGACUGCUAGACUACGGGCGGCCCUCCGGCUUCUGUUCACCAAGCAUCACGCUGUGAGGAAUACAGCAGUCCAACAUCUGCUACCACACCUGACCAGCGCUGAAGGCGCCAGACCAACCCUGGACAGCUCCACAUUGUCAUGUUUACCUAAUCUCUAUGUUCUUAAUAAAAGUGUGGACAUCAAGUUGAGCAAUUCAGACAAGUCAUAUGUGAAGGUGGAGUCUGUAAAUAAGUUGUACAAUAUUCUCAUGUCGGAAACGGUAGAUCUAGUUUUGCGGAGAUCUGCAGCUGAACAGCUGACUAUUGUUCUGCAAGAUUCAUCAAUGCAUGCUGUGCUGAAGACCUUGGGUUUAUCAGACAAGCUCAUAUCUUUCAUCACACAGUGUGUCAACAACAAUGUGGCGAGCAUGGAUUGUUUGUUGGAGCCCAGCAUAUGCAUGCUGAGGAAGCUGGUGUUUGCAGACCCCUCCCUGUGUCACAGUCUGGCUCAGCAGACGUCUCUUCUCAUCAUGCUGCUCAGAGCUUCUCUGUUGAUAAAGGAGAAGCAGGGGGAUGUGAGCGAGGCUGCCGCAUUGAUGUGUAUUCUGCUGUUUGAUGAAAUAGCAAGAAUGGAUGUUUGGACUGAUAAAGCUGGCUCAGACACAGGCCUGUCUUCCUUCUCACUGCCUGCUGCCAUUAUAUGGAGGUAUAAUCUACUGUUUCAAGCUUCUUCACACCAUGCAGUGAGUCCCUACUGUUCAGUUCUCCCUCCAUACUCAGACCUGCUGAGUCAACCUGCCUGGGAAGCACUGCAGAUCACCUGGAACGCAGCAUGGCAUUCUGGGAUUGAUGGACUGCUAGAGCAUCUGAGGGGUUUUAGGAGUGAUGUAUCUGAGUUUCAUGGUGAUCUAGUGCUGUCCAAAUCUCAGGCGGUGGUCUUAAGAAUAAGCAACUUCAGGUUGGGGUUACAGGACUGUGUUCACGCGGUUUGUGACGCGAGCUCCCACAACACUGUGACCUUUGCCAUGACCAGGAUGCACCUGUACCUUCUCGCUGACCGCCUUGCACUCAAAUCCACCGCCCAGAGCAGCAAGAAUAUCCUGCAAACCCUAAGCUGGCACAAUGCUGUAGAGAGAUUUCUGAUGGUACAUCCAGCUUGCCGCCAAGAUGAGAGGCUCUUGGUGGACAUUGUGUCGUUCCUCAACACCUUUUUCAAGCAGAACCAGUCUGAACUGGACCACCAGGACCUAAAAUGGCUCUUAGAAUUACUCCUAAACCAGGUAUUCCUAAAAAGAGAACUGACAGGCCUCUUCAACACUCUGCUGCUUCGAAUGACACACACUUCUGACAGGAUGUGUGAGGUUCUGUCUGGACCAUUUGCCUCUGAACUGUCUCUGCGCCUGCUACAGUGCCUGCGCUUGUCCGACACUACAUGCUUCUACGGCCUGCCCUCUCUAGAGCGCACGCUCAGGACCAUGGCCCAUGUGACCGCCCUGCCCGGCUGGAGUAAACACACACCCAGCAUGGAGCCAAACACACUCUGCCUCAAGUACCUCAGUGGCCUCUUGGAAGUCAUCUCUUCAUUCUACGUAGAUUUGGGAGGAAACUCGAUGUCCUUCAUGGGCAAAGGAGUGACAAAAAAUGCAGUUAUCUGCCUGCUUCAUCUGUCAAAUGAGAUGAUGAGGGAAAGUAAAAAUGAGGACUGGAUAUCAUUGUGGUCUCUGGGCCGUGAGCAAAGUUCUGAUGAGCAGAGUGCCGCCCAGCUUGGCUUGGCCUGGUUAAUUCCCUUGUGGGUGGACCGAGACCCUGAGGUCCGCUGUGCCAGCCUGGCUGUGGGCGCGGCUCUGAGUUCGCUGGAGAGAGGGUGUGUGGCAUUGACAGCGAGUUGCCAGAACAUUUCAGGAGGUCUGUGGGCCACGGUAUUCAACAUCCUGCUGGAGAGACAGGAGUGCAGUAUGGUGCGUCGAGAGGCAGCGUUUAUUUUGCAAAACCUCCUUGUGAUGCCAGUGCCUGCUAAUGCAGAAGAGGCCAAAGAGUGUGCCUGGCAGAGCCCCUGUGUGCAUGAUGAGGAUUCAGGCCUGAGUCUGGUCGGGCUUCCUGCCCUGCAGGCUCUGUUGUACCACUGCCAGUUUUUUGAGAGCGUGGGCCAGAUGGUGAAGAGCUGUUACACGGGCAGACAUGCCUUCACCCUCAGCCCCCCUCCACUUCCAGCCAAUGUCACCCAGGAGAUAGAUCUGAACGAUUCUCUGAAGCACUGGAGAGAGAUGCUUACUCCUCUAAACCAAACUCAGGGCUCAGGAUCCAUGUCCAGCUCCAGUACUCUGAUUUCAUCAGGUAGCUCUAGUGGGACUCAUUCUCCAGUUCCGACCCCAGGUGUUAUCGGAAUCCAGGACACUCCAGUCAACAGACUCACUGCUCAAGGUCAGAGUGACACAGACAGCUCAGACUCCGCCCUCACUCAAGAGUCCCACCCAAGGGGGAGGACCGAGCCUGUCGCUAUAGUAACCCCUCAUCUGUUGCUAGCUGUGUGUGGUUUACUGGACAACCUGCUGGCUGUGCUUCCUGAGUUUAGUCUAUCUGUCCUCAAACAGAACCAAAUACUUCAGGAUAAGGCCAGUGUUGUGGGUGCGGCGGCCAUAUCUCAAUGUGUCAAUGAGUUAAGGACACCUCUCCUGCCAGCUGCUAUGGAAGAUGCCAGGAACCAGGUGCUGAGUAGCGUGUAUUAUGUGCAAAGUUUGUGUAAGCUCCUGCAGUCAGCAGCAAUACACAGUGAGGAUGUGCCAUUCCACCGAGAGUUCUUCAAUCCCCUGCUGAACAAGCUUAUUUCCAUCCUCACGCUGUCUGUCGCUGACUUGGAUGUGCAGGCCCAGGGUGCAGUGCUCAACACCUGGGCGGAUGUGUUGAUGCUCCUGGCUACUUUGCUGUGCAGGAACCAAGCUGCGGUCGGCCCAUCUGUCGGUGUGGCACUGGGGAAACUCUGGCAGCACUUUUCAGACACUCUCCGAGUCUGUUUGAACCAGUCGGGCACCGAGUCUUCUCUCUACACGUCGACCCUGCACUUUCUGUGUGUGCUGUUCACAGAGGAGGCUAAGAGUAGAUCAGAAGGCCACACGGAGGAUCAGGCCAGCAAGGCCCCCAGCUCCUCGCUAACUGCAGUCCUUUCUUCUGAGCCUGGAGAGGUCAUGUGUGAACUAUUAUUAGAGCAAUAUGAGAAGAUUCCGUUCCAGGACCCUCUGAAAAAGAUGACGGCCAAAGCGCUCAUGUCUUUAUUAGCCUGUAGCUCCAGCGCUCAGAGUUAUGCAUGUAAAGCUGGUGUGAUUGACAGCUGUGUAGAACGCAUGAAGCACAUUUACGCAGAGCUUCACCUGGAGUCUGUGAAAACGGGCAAGAGCACUCACAGGAGGAAGGUGGAGAACAGCAUGAGGGAACUUAAGAUGAUUCUAGAGAUACUGCGAAAUUGCCUGUAUCAACAUAAUGAAUGCAAAGCUGUGGCUACAGAGCUGCGUCUGGCAGCGGUGCUGAUGGCCCUGUGGCCCUGGUUCCUGCUCGACGAUCUCAGCAUGACAGCAGCCCUGGAACUGCUCUGUGUCUACACGGCUAACUGCACAGUGGCAUGCAGUGCUUUAUGUAGCAGCAGCAGCAGUGGUAGCUCAGGCUCAGUUCAGGCUGUUCUUCCUAAGACUGCGGUCACAAAUUCACUGAUGCAUGGGGUGAUGAAACUGGCCUCCCAGGUUGCCCCUGACAACAGCAGCAUCCACAGCCUGGCUUUCUCACUGCUGGCCAACCUGGCCAUCUCAAGGGACUGCAAAGGGGUACUGCUGAAGAGUAACUUCCUGCAGCACUUCCUGUCUCUCCCCAUGCCUAAGGCAGGUGGUCGAAGCGGCAUUCCAGCGGGGGAGCCUCUGUCCCUCUGGCUCAAGCUGUUGCUGAACGUGUCGUUCGGGGAGGACGGACAGCAGAUGAUCCUCAGGCUCAGAGGGGCUUUGGAGCUGCUGGUGGGACUGGCCCAGUCCAAACACUCCAGCUCUAAACUCACCAUCCUUCUCAUUCUCCACAACAUCUGCUUCUGUUCCGCUAACAAGCCCAAAGUCUUAGACAACGAUAAAGCUGUUGAGCUGCUCGUCUCUUGUUUGGGCAGUAGCUCAUCAGAAUUGCGUACCAUAGGAGCUUCUGCGCUUUGGGCUCUGUUGCACAACAAUCAGAAGCCAAAGGCCACUUUGAAGUGUCCUUCCAUCAGACUGAAAGUUGAAGAGGCAUACAUGUCUGCCAGGAAAGCUGAAGAGCAGACAAGUGACAAACCCCUGAACGUCUAUCUUCUGAAGUGCCUGAGAAAUCUCACACACAUCUUCAGCUCCUAA